AAGUUUUCAUCUAUCUUCCCCAUUGUUCAAGUUUGUUUAGCAUUGGAUUGUGUCUUUGGCUUUGGAGGAAUUCAGAAAUGGGUGUUCCAGUGAUUGAUGUAAAGAACAUUGAUGGAGGAGACAGGAAGGCCAUUAUGGCGCAAAUCGCACAGGCUUGUGAGUCUCCUGGAUUUUUUCAGAUUACAAACCAUGGCAUUGACCAUGGUCUUCUGGACCGUGUAAAGGAGGUAUGUGCACAACAAUAUAAGAUUAACAGAGAGCAAAACUUCAAGGAUUCUUUACCAGUAAGGGCACUGAACGAAGCCAUUGAAGCUGAAGCAAAAGGCAGACAUGUUGAGAAGAUUGAGAAUAUGGAUUGGGAGGAUGUUUUUCAAGUUCAUGAGAUGCGGGACACAAAUUCUUGGCCUUCAAAGCCCAAAGAAUUCAAAGAGAAAAUUGAGGAGUUCCGCAGCCAAAUAUUCAAUCUAACAGAGAAACUGUUGGAAAUAAUAAGUGAAAGUUUGGGACUAGAGAAAGGAUAUCUAAAAAGGGGAUUUGCAGGGGAAGAAAAGCCAUUCUUUGGCACCAAAGUGAGCCAUUAUCCUCCCUGCCCUAGGCCAGAUUUGAUAAAGGGUAUCCGUGCUCAUACAGAUGCAGGUGGGCUCAUUCUUUUGUACCAAGAUGAUGAGGUUCCUGGCCUCCAAGUGCUUAGCAAUGGUAAUUGGAUUGAUGUGCAACCUAUGCAAUACUCAAUAGUUGUGAACAUAGGUGAUCAGAUAGAAGCAGUGAGCAAUGGCAGGUAUAAGAGUGCAUGGCAUAGAAUUCUUCCAACAAAAGAUGGAAAUCGGUUAUCAGUGGCAUCCUUCUAUAAUCCCUCAUACAAUGCACUGGUGAGCCCUGCACCUCAGCUUGUUGCUCAAGCCAAUGGUAAUGCUGCUCAUGAAUUAUCUACUUAUCCAAACUACCCAUUUGGUGAUUACAUGAAGAUUUACUCUGAGCAGAAAUAUGAAGCAAAGGAGCCUCGCUUCAAAGCAGUGAGAAGGUUGAAUGAAGAAAUUGCUUGUUGAAUGAAAAAAUAAGGUAAAAGGAAAAUUGAAGAUAUAUCUAUGGUCUAUAUAUGUUUCCAUUGCUUCUACCCAACAGUUGAAGAUUAUUAUAAUGUAAUAAUUGUUGGAAAUGCCAUUAUCAUUUUUUAAAUAAUAUCUAAACAAAAUAUUUUAGCAAUCAUUUAUGAUAUAGUUGUUGGAGUUA